UGCUUUUAUUUCCCUUAUAUAACAGACACUAACUGCCCUCUCUUCAAUGUCCUAUACAAGAAAGAAAGACACUGCUACUACUACAACAUGGCCUUGAACCCUUUUCCUGUAACGAGUUUCUUCUUCUUCAUUCUCUCCUUCUUGAUCAUCAAAUGUUCAGAGGCUGAUCAAAUGGUGCCAGCAAUGUUCGUUUUCGGUGAUUCUGGAGUUGAUGUAGGCAACAACAAUUACCUUCCAUUUUCCUUUGCCAAGGCAGACUAUCCUUAUAAUGGUAUCGAUUUCCCAACGAAGAAACCAACAGGAAGGUUUAGCAAUGGUAAAAAUGCUGCGGAUUUUCUUGCUGAGAAAUUGGGUGUGCCUACAUCUCCACCAUAUCUCUCCUUGUUAUUCAAAAAAAACACAAAUUCAUUCCUGACGGGAGUAAACUUUGCCUCUGGAGCUUCAGGAAUCCUCAAUGGCACAGGAAAAUCUCUUGGGAUAGUAAUCCCUUUGACAAAACAAGUGGAUUACUACGCAAUUGUGUAUAAGGAUUUGGUGCAGAAGCUGGGAUCCUAUGCUGCAAACAAGCUCUUAUCUAAGUCUCUCUUUGUCACCGUAACUGGUAGCAAUGACCUGUUGAGAUACUCAGGUUCUUCUGAUCUCCGCAAGAAGAGCAACCCACAACAGUAUGUGGAUUCCAUGACUCUUACAAUGAAGGCCCAAAUAAAGAGGUUACACAGUUAUGGAGCACGUAAAUAUUUAUUCCCAGGGUUGGGGACAGUGGGAUGUGCUCCUUCGCAAAGGAUUAAGAAUGAAGCCAGAGAAUGCAAUGAAGAAGUAAAUUCUUUCUCUGUUAAGUACAAUGAAGGCCUCAAGUUAAUGUUGCAGGAGUUAAAAUCAGAGCUUCAGGACAUAAACUACUCCUAUUUUGAUACUUACAAUGUCUUGCAGAACAUCAUCCAGAAACCAGCUGCUUAUGGAUUUACAGAGGCUAAAGCUGCUUGUUGUGGGCUUGGAAAGCUGAAUGCUGAAGUUCCCUGUAUUCCAAUUUCGACCUACUGCUCCAACAGAAGCAAUCAUGUUUUCUGGGACAUGGUUCAUCCAACUGAGGCAACUGAUCGUAUACUAGUAAACACCAUCUUCGACAAUCAAUCACAUUACAUAUUUCCUAUGAAUAUGAGGCAGCUAAUUGCAGUCUAAUCUUUAAGUAAUAUUAACAUAUAAGUUUUUCUGUGUGACAAGCAUUUGCGUUUUCACUUGAAGAGAAUGUCUUGAUAUUAAUUACUAAUAAAAAUGUGUGUUUUAUU